GAUGAUGAGAAAGUAAAUAGAACUUUCCCCUGGAAUCUGUGGACGAGAGAGAGAGAGAUGGCGGUUACAACUGGUUUACAAGGUGGUGGUGGUGGUUACCUUCCUUCCAAAUUCCGGUUAGCAACAGCCAGAUACAGGAACGUGCCGCCGAUCUACAUCUCCACGAAUGCCGCCGACGUCAACGCGGACCGGCUCAGGGAACUUCACAGCCUAUGUAACUACUCCUGCCACCGCUUUCCUACUAUCGACUCUGCCGGAAAGGUGGAACCCGUCGAAAUCAAUAAGCUCCGCGUAGCUCUUGCUCAUAGCUCUAUCGUUGUCUCCGUCUUCUCCUCUUCCGACGUUGUUUCCUUCUACUCGUCAUCAAAUCCCGCCGCCACGUCCUCCGAAUUCUCCAAUUUUGUCGGUGUUGGAGGAGGGGAUUGGUUCCGGCGAGUGAUUCCUAUCACGCCUUCCAAUGGUGAAUUGGUAGGAUUCGGCCGUGCAGUCACUGAUUGUGGACUAACUGCUUCAAUACACGAUAUUAUGGUUAUUCCUUCGCUAAGAAGAAUGGGAAUUGGCAUGAAGAUAGUUAAGAAACUCCUAAGAAUGCUCACAAAUAGAGGCAUAUAUGACAUAUCAGCUCUUUGUUCAUAUGAAGAGAGGCUAUUUUUUAAGGCAUGUGGAUUUGGAGGCGACAUUCUGGGAUCUACCACAAUGAUGUAUGGUAGAAUGGUUUCGACCUGUUUAGAUGAAGGCAAUAAUCAGAUGGUCACACGAGCUGGUAGGAAAUUUUUAUUAGCACCUCCAUCAAGAGAGCCCUUUUUGUCAUAAUAUAAAAUUACUGUCAUUCCAGUCUCAUUCAGGUUGUAACCAGGGCUUUUAAUAUAUUUGAAACAAAGUGGUACAAUCUGUAAAUUAUCUUUCAAAUCUGCCUUUUUUCUGUUGCUCA